AUGGAUAAGAAUGCUUAUUCCGAUACCUUGCUUCUUCCAAAGACCGACUUUCCUUUACGUGCGAAUGCAGUCCAACGCGAACACCUAUUCCGCGAACGUUGCACCAGUGAGCUGUAUCCAUGGCAGCUCAAACACAAUCCAAAAGACCUGUUCAUUCUUCACGACGGUCCUCCAUAUGCCAAUGGCAAUUUGCACGCAGGCCACGCGAUGAACAAAAUUUUAAAGGAUAUUGUCAAUCGUUACAAGGUGCUACAGGGGCACAAAGUUAUGUAUCGACCGGGCUGGGAUUGUCACGGUUUGCCCAUCGAGAUGAAAGCUUUGGAAGAAAUUUUGGUAACACAAGCACAACCAAGCGAAUCGAAAAUUCGGCAAUUGUCCCGAAAGCGAGCCUUGCGCGAAUAUGAAAAGCAAAAGGAGGGCUUCAUGAGUUGGGGUGUGAUGGGCGAUUGGGACAAUCCGUAUCUCACCCUGAGCAAAGACUACGAAGUCCGGCAAUUACGACUAUUCCUCGACAUGAUAAAGAAGAAUUACAUUUAUCGACAAUUGAAGCCCGUUUACUGGUCGCCUUCAUCAAAAUCGGCUUUAGCUGAAUCUGAGUUGGAAUAUGAAGAGAAGCAUGAAUCACGAUCCAUCCAUGUCCGAUUUCCUUUCACUCUGGCAUCCUCCUGGCAGAAGCAUGUUGACAACAAGACGAUUUAUGCACUCAUUUGGACCACUACGCCGUGGACGAUUCCGUCCAACAAGGCAAGUAUGAAUAUCAGGACACUGUUAUUUUCUGCAAUUGCUGUUCAUCCGCAACUAAGUUACAGUCUGGUUGAAGUUGUGCGAGGUGAUCAGGCUGGAUGCUAUGUCAUUGGCACGGAUCGUCUACAGAGUCUGUGUGCUGAGAUGGGGGUCCCAGAUGAAGAUGUUCGUGUGCUAGAUACAGUACUUGGAGAACAGCUGGUGGGUUCGUCGUAUAAGCAUCCGCUGAUGGGCGGCGUGAGCCCUUUGAUUGCUGGAGAACAUGUGACGAACGAAUCCGGUACCGGCCUUGUUCACACCGCUCCCGGUCAUGGUAUGGAGGAUUACGAAGCAUGCAUGGCAUUGGGAAUCGAACCUUUCAGUCCAGUGGAUGAUGAAGGGCGCUUUACCAAAGAAGUGGGUCUUGGCUUGGAAGGCAAGUUUGCUUUUACCGAAGGCAACUCGGCUAUCAUUGAAGCAUUGAAAGACGCCGGAAGCUUGGUCAUGGAACGCACUUAUAUCCACAAAUACCCCUAUGAUUGGCGUACGAAACAACCGGUCAUGCUUCGAGCAACAGCCCAAUGGUUUGCCAAUGUAGAAAAUCUUCAAAAAGCCGCGGUGGAGGCAUUAGAAGGCCAUAUCAUUAAACUGUUUGAGGAGCGUGGGUCGGAUAUCUGGUGGACAGAGAAAGACGAUCAAGUGUUUGUCGCCCCGGAAUACCGUCAGGAUGGCAAAAAGUAUAAGCGAGGCUAUGAUACCAUGGACGUAUGGUUCGAUAGUGGCACUUCGUGGACCAUGCUUCGCGAUAUGCCCGGCCGUGAUCCCAGCUUACCUGUGGCCGACGUGUAUUUGGAAGGCAGCGAUCAGCAUCGCGGUUGGUUCCAAUCCUCCCUGUUGACAUCAAGUGACACCCUGGUGACCCAUGGGUUCACGUUGGAUGAAAAUGGACGUAAAAUGUCCAAGAGUCUCGGGAAUACGAUUGAGCCUAGUUUCAUUACUCACGGUGGCAAGGACAAGAAGAAGAAUCCUGCGUAUGGAAGCGAUGUGCUUCGUCUUUGGGUUGCCAGUAGCGAAUAUACAAAGGAUUUCACCAUUGGACCUACGGUUAUUGCACAAGUAUCGGAUGCCAUGCGCAAAUUCCGUGUCACUGCCCGAUUUUUGCUCGGCAAUUUGAACAAUUUCUCGGCCAAGGACUGUGUUCCUUACAAUGAGUUACAAGAGGUGGAUCGAUACAUGCUUCAUGAGCUUUAUCAUUUUAAUCACCGUGUUACACAAGCCUAUGACAACUUUGUCUUUAAUCGAGCCAUCCAGCAUGUGCAAAAUUUCGUCACCAAUGAUCUAUCUGCGUUUUACUUUGAUGUGAUCAAAGAUCGACUCUACAACGAGAAAGCCUUGUCAACUAAACGCCGUAUGGCCCAAACCGUACUCUAUCACAUUCUUAAAUCCUAUACGGCUGCUUUAUCACCUGUGGCAUGUCAUACCGCGGAAGAAAUCUAUGAAAAUUACCGUACAAUCACUCAUCAACCUGAAACGUCUGUCUUCAAAGCUGGCUGGGUCCCCAUGGAGAGCGCGUGGAAGAAUGAUGACUUGGAAGCAAAAUAUACUCUUUUGAAACAACUGAAAACCGAAGUGAAUCAAGUAUUAGAAGUGGCUCGCCAAGAAAAGGUUUUGCGCACAUCACAAGAAGCGGAUAUCAGCAUUGCAGUCGAUAGGGAGUCUGCAGUGGGAGAAAUGCUUCACGCUAUGGAUGGAUCGGAUCUGGCGGGAUUAUUCCUUACUGCCAAUGUGAACGUGUGUGAUGCCGAUGCAUCUAUUUCAGGCCAAUUUGAAAGAGAAGCUAAAUUAGGCAAGUUGUUAGGGAUACACAUGUUCCAACUGGCAUCCUCCUAA